CGUUCUUUUGGGAAACGUGGCAGAAGAAGAAGUGCAGCUGUUCUUGACUUUCACUUCUCCCGUUCUUUCUGUUGGGUUUUAUUCUUUAUUCUCCUGGUUAAUCAUUCUGCAUCAUGUCUGAAGAUCUGCGCGCUGAACUGGAGAAAUAUCUGCAGACUUUAAACAUCCGGACGAGCUGCGUGGAACACCCGCCGGUGUUCACAGUGGAGGAGAUGAUGCCUCACCUGCAGGACGUCAGCGGCGCCGUCACUAAGAACCUCUUCCUGAAAGACAAGAAGAAGAAAGGCUUGUGGCUGGUGUCGGCUCGCCACGAUCGCCAGGUGAACCUCAACGACCUCGCCAAGAAGCUCGGCGUUGGCAGCGGCAACCUGCGGUUUGCAGACGAGGCGAUAAUGUUGGAAAAACUCAAGGUGGGUCAGGGCUGUGCGACAGCCCUCUCUCUGCUCUUUGAUGAAGACAGAAGUGUGAAGUUUGUCCUGGACCGGGACCUGGUGGAAGGAGGUCACCAGAUGGUCUACUUCCACCCAAUGACCAACGCCGCCACCAUGGGGCUGCGACCAGACGACCUGCUGCACUUCCUCAAAGAGACAGGACACGAACCCAUUCUGGAGACGUUUGAGUAGGAUGGUUAAAGACCUGAACCAGGAUCUGGAUUUUAAAAAAUGGAACUGAGCAACCUGCAGGGAUCAGACAGAGAAGAUCACAUGAGCUGCAGUUUACAAUGGAGUGAUUUUUUUUCUCUCAUUGGAUAUUUACAUUCAUCAUACAUGAUCUGUACCUCAGGUCCAUAGAACAAAUCCUAGCAUUGCUAAAACAACUGAGGUCAAAGAAAUAUAUUACCCUUUAACAUUUUCAUUUUUCAUGAGUUUUUACAGGAAAAAAAUAUUCUGAUCUCAACUUUUCAUUAGAUAUGAUGAAAUUAACACAGCAAAGGUCAAUUGCAAACUUUUAUAAAACAAGAAAUGUGAGUUUUUUGAAAGUCUUAUUGGUGUCAACUGUGUCUGAAGUACAACCCAAAUUCCUAUGAAGUUGUGCAAAACAUAAACAGAAUAUGAUGAUUUGGAAA